GAUGGCGGCGGCCAUGGCGUGGCUGCGGCGCGGCGCCUGCGGCCCGGCCCGGCGGUGCGGGCUGGCGGCCGGCCGGAGCUACAGCGGCGGCAGCGCCUACCCCAGCGUGUCGCUGACGUGCCCGCUGCCSGGCGUGCCCAAAGCCGUGUUCGCGGCGGCCGAGAGCCGGGAGCGCUUCGAGACGCGGGUGACGGUGCUGGAGAACGGGCUGCGCGUCGCCUCCCAGAACAAAUUCGGGCAGUUCUGCACCGUGGGCAUUCUGGUCAAUUCGGGAUCAAGACACGAAGCGAAAUACCUCAGUGGUAUCUCCCACUUCUUGGAAAAGCUGGCGUUCUCUUCCACAGCUCAGUUUGGCAGCAAAGAUGAAAUUCUGCUCACCUUAGAGAAGCAUGGAGGCAUUUGUGACUGYCAGGCAUCGAGGGACACCAUCAUGUAUGCAGUGUCUGCUGAUGCCAGAGGCCUGGACACYGUGGUCAAUUUGCUGGCUGAUGUAACGCUCCAGCCCAGGUUAUCAGAUGAAGAAAUUGAGAUGACCCGGAUGGCCAUCAGGUUUGAGCUGGAGGAUCUGAAUAUGAGACCUGACCCCGAGCCUCUCCUCACAGAAAUGAUCCAUGCGGCAGCCUUCAGAGACAACACAGUUGGACUGAACAGGUUCUGCCCAGUGGAAAACACGGACAAAAUCGACAGGGCCGUGCUGCACUCGUACCUGAGCAGUUACUACACCCCAGACAGGAUGGUGCUGGCCGGGGUGGGCAUUGAACACGAGCAGCUGGUGGAAUGUGCCAGGAAAUACCUGCUGGGGGUGGAGCCCGUGUGGGGCUCGGGGCGGAGCAGGGCUGUGGACAGAUCUGUGGCUCAGUACACCGGAGGMAUCGUCAAGGUUGAAAAAGACAUGUCAGAUGUAAGCCUGGGCCCUACUCCCAUCCCAGAGCUCACCCACAUCAUGAUUGGGUUAGAAAGCUGCUCAUUUUUAGAGGAUGAUUUCAUUCCUUUUGCGGUGCUAAACAUGAUGAUGGGAGGUGGUGGCUCUUUUUCAGCUGGAGGGCCUGGCAAGGGCAUGUUCACCCGGCUGUACCUCAAUGUGCUCAACAGGCACCACUGGAUGUACAAUGCAACCUCUUACCACCACAGCUAUGAGGACACAGGUCUCCUGUGUAUCCACGCCAGUGCAGAUCCCAAACAGGUUCGGGAGAUGGUGGAAAUCAUCACCAGGGAAUUCAUCCUUAUGGCAGGAGCAGUGGGAGAGGUAGAACUUGAGAGGGCAAAGACACAGCUCAAAUCCAUGCUCAUGAUGAACCUGGAGUCCCGGCCAGUGAUCUUUGAAGAUGUGGGGAGACAGGUUUUGGCAACUAACACAAGGAAGCUACCUCAYGAGCUCUGUGCCCUCAUCAGUCAGGUGAAACCCACUGAUAUCAAGAGGGUGGUGACUAAGAUGCUGCAUAAGAAGCCAGCAGUGGCUGCCCUGGGUGACCUGACAGAUCUGCCCUCGUAUGAGCACAUCCAGGCUGCCCUUUCCAGCAAGGACGGGCGGCUCCCACGGCUCUACCGCCUGUUCCGAUAGAGCAGCACCUCCUGCCUGCCCUCAGACUCCCUUCUUUUUUAAUGGUUUYUUUGAUUCUCAUGUUGCUGUACCACCCUCCCUGCCCCCAAUGCUCCCAGGCAUUCUGUGCAACCACGGAGCUGAGCAAAGCUGCUUUGGAGCACUGGACUGUGAAGAGCUCGUUUAAGGGGCCAAUCCUGGCUCUGGAGGAGGAGUUUGACCCUCUUGAGUAAGUUACAGAAGUGGCUUUGGGGAGAACAGAAUAAACCAAAACAUYCAUCACUACARYGAAAGCACAUCUCUGAGCAGCCUCUUCAUCACCUCAGCAGUGGCAGUGGGGCUGUCUCCCAGGAGACCCCAAURUGCCCUACCUGAGGAAUGUGGUGGYACCUUAAAGAGCUUGGCUUACAUGUCUGAAUUCAAAGAAUAUUUGUAACUGUUACCAAGGUGAACAAAGACCUGGUCAGGCUGAAUUAGGAAAAUAAUAGUUAUUGUCCCUUGUGAAGUUAAGCAAAAGGUUUCCUGCAAUCCCGUUUUUUUGCCAAAUCACGGAUGCAGUUUAUCAGUGUAAUUCACCAUCUGACAAGAAGUCAUCCACCUGGAAAUUAUUUCAUCACCUUGCUAGAGCUCCARGGAAAGCAGACCCAUGACAGAACCAAUUUUCUGUAGAGUUCCUCUGCAGAGAUACUGUACCUGAUGGACAUUUACUUGAGAACGAGAAUGAUUCUAUUCUUCAGGUUUUUCACUUGGAAGUGAACUGUGCUAAAGAAUAAAAGUUCUUUUCUUCCAGA